UUGGACUGAAAUCGAAAGGAAGGAGUGUUUUUCUGAGAGUGAGUGAGGCCGAGGCUGAGAUUGCUGACUCAGCUGCAUAAGCCACACUUCAGCGGAAAAGCUGUUUACUGAUUACAGACACACGCUGCUUACACAACACAGUAGCCUAUCGCCGCGCAGGAGGUCUGCGUCGCCUCGGCCUCUGAAGCCUCGGGCCUUAAUACGGUCAGACCACCGAGAGCACCUCGGCCGCCAGGCCUGUUCCCUCCUACCGUCCUUCGUUUCUUUUGUUCCCAGUCAAAACGACUGAUUAGGACGAGUUAUUCAUCAGGAGAUAUCAAUGAGCAGAUUGGACAGAAGGUAGACAGGGAGAGCAGAACCACCUCGAGCCGAAUGAAGCCCAUUUGUGGGUCUACGGAAUCUAUCCUUGCAUCGUCCCCUGAGUCUAACGAUGAAGAGCCUUGCGAUUUCACAAGAAUCGAAAUGACCGAGGAUGACCCCGGUGGAAGCCAAGGUCACCUGAAACCUCGGUAUGGAAGCAGCAGCCCGAAUGGCUGUAUCUCCAAGCUGGACCCGAAGGAGACGUGGUACCACCUGCCCAGGAGCAGUCCCGUCAUAUCCCGCAAGGCUCGCUUCCAAAGCAUGGAGCAACAGUCUUCUGAAGGAUCUUCUCCCGUCAGUUUGUCUUCAACGCCACCAUUCCAGAACAGGCUAACAUCUGGCGCCUCAGACUCACCCACAUUCUCUAAGGGUUUUUUGAGCGUGCAAGAACUUCCAGAAGAACCAGGGGUUGAUUCUUCAGUCCCAGGGAUGUCUGAGCAGUGUCUCCAUGUUGUCCCACCAUGUACUCCAGUUGCAGCGAAGUGUUUAACACGACAAGCAGCAGUGUCCACCGACACUGAUGAGCAAGGAAGCUUCUCAUGUGGUUCAUCGGAGUCCAAGUCCACUGUGGAGACCAGGGGUCUGUCUCUGUCUGAUGGGAUGGUACAACGGUUCAAUGGGAGUCCGCAGCCAGGGAGCAAGAACAGAGCCAGCUCGGACACCCACCUGAUCUCAGGCCCUGUGAAUGAGAAGCAGAUCUCAGAAGACUUCUACAGGAACAGCGUGGACCUCGACCAGGAGAACGCCCACUUUGUGGUGGUGGACAUGGUGCUGGAGGUCCUGGAGGCUGUCAAAUGGACCGUGUAUCAGCAACAGUUAAAACACCCAGACGCUUCAGAAGACAGAGACUCAGACUUGCGCUCCAAGAUACGCUCCUUCUCCUCCUUCGACAGCGGCUACGACGAUUACUGCGGACGCAGGAUCUCUUCAAACAGAAGCUCUCAGACCUCGAAACGUAGGUCCUUAAAGGUCUCCAGGUGUUCUGCUGAAAGUCUCGCCCAGCGGCUGCUGACAAAACUCAGGAAGCAGUGGGCGCUUUCAGAGAAGUCCUUCAGCUGUGACGAACCAUGCCUGACUCUAGAGGAAUUUCCGCUGGACACAGCCUGCUUGGUGACCAGGGGCGGGCUGAGCGAGGAGAUCCGACAGAAGAGCAGAAUGAGAGGAACGCUGAACUGGGCUCCACCCCGAUUCCAAAUCAUCUUCAACGUGCAGCCAACACAGAGGCGCAGUGACGUUAUUGCCUCUCAGCACUUCCUCUGCGCCGGCUGCGGGACAGAAGUCGAACCUCGUUACAUAAAGAGAUUACGGUACUGCGAAUACCUGGGCAGAUAUUUCUGCGACGGUUGCCACAGCAGUGGGGAGUCAGUGAUCCCGGGACGGGUUCUGAGUCGCUGGGAUUUCAGAUGCUACCCGGUGUGUGUCUUCUCCAAGCAGUUGUUGGACUCCAUAUGGGAGCAGCCACUAUUCAAGCUCAACGUGGUGGCUAAGAGCUUAUACGGCCAGGCCAAGGAGCUGCAGAGGUUCAGGGAGCUACAGGAGCAGCUGAUAUCAAUCAAAAAGCUGUUGAGAGCCUGCCGACUGUCCGAUGGAGUCCUUGCUGAGUUCCAGCAGCUUCCAUCUCAUCUGACUGAUGAGCUCCACCUCUUCUCCAUGGACGACCUUAUCAAAGUCAAAAGGGGGCAGCUUGUUACCACAGCGAAGGCGGUGUUUCGGUCAGCUACGGACCAUGUGGAAGCUUGUGAGCUGUGCCAGGCUAAAGGCUUUAUCUGUGAGUUUUGUCGUGGGCAGGAUGUUCUCUUCCCCUUCCAGACCGACAUCUGUACACGCUGCCAAGACUGCAGAACAUGCUUCCACACGGCAUGUUUCCGGGAUGAGCCUUGUCCUAGGUGUGCCCGACUACAAAUCCGAAAGAGCCUCCAGGAAACAGCAUCCACCUAACUCCUCCAGGAACCUCCUUCCAGGCCCUUCUUCCCAACUCAAGCCUCUUGGGCCCAACUGCAAAACCCAUUUCCCUGAUUCAGAAGGACUUGACAAUCGACCACGAACACUGUAUGUCAAAGUUUGUGCAUACCGGCAUUUCUUCAGAAGCCAAGGAUACUGCGAGGAAGUUUGGAACAUUGCUGUGAGGAUUUGAUUGAGCAUUAGUGAGGUCAGGUGCUGAUAUUGGAUGGUCAGUUCUGGUUCACUCCACCUCAUCCCAAAGGUAUUUGGAGCCCAAUCGCUCCAGAGAACCCAGCUCGACUGCUCCACAGGCCAAUGCUGGGGGGCUUUACACCCCUCUAGCCCACACUUGGCACUGGACAUGGUGACCUUAAGCUCAUGUGCGGCUGUGCCCCGUCCAGAGUGCCCCGUUCUAUUGCUUUUCAGUGGAGAUUAUACAAGCUAUUGUAAUCAAACUCCAGUGUCAGCAGUGGCUGCACCUUAAAGUGGCUAUAAUUCACUGUCUGGCUGUCUGGAUACUUCUGACCAUAUAUAGCUUAUAUGACUCUGGUUCAGGGAACAAAAACCAUGCGGUGCAGGUGGGCCUGUAGUGACCUGCUUCAUAGGAAGCGUCACACUGCUGCUCAUCUUCUUUCACAUCUUCUUUCUCAGCUGACAUUCAUGUAGUAAUUCUGUGGUCCUAAUAUUGUCAUUUUCUGCGGUACUGAGUUAUAUUAUCUGUUAAUAUGUGUAGAUGAUGACUUUCCACACAAGUUUAAUAAGCACAAAUGUAUUCUACAUGUUUUGAAGGUGUAAAUUGGGGCAUUAUGAAAUAUUUUUAGAUUCUUUACCUACAUUUGAUUGAAUACCAAGUAUUCGCAGAAAAAAAUGCCGUGCAUUAAAAAACGAAAUAAAAAUCCGAGCUGGAAA